AUUUAUAGGCAUACUAGAACUCUCCCAGAGAAAGACAAAUAGCAAAGGGAGACAUUUCUUUUCUAAGCAGAAAGAACAUGAAAAUUAUUCUAGUAUUGGUCUUUAUGAUUUCUCUAGUAAUUUCAGGUAGACUAGACGAUCACUUGGAAUCAGCAAUUGCUGAGCCUAAGUCAAGAUUUGCUAUGUCUGAUGAUGUACAUUUGCUGGCCACUGGACUACUCCAGCUUGGGCGUGGCCUUCAGGACUUUGUGAUCAAAACCAAAACCCAAAUGGAUGACAUCUUUCAAAGGCUUAACAUUUUUGACCGAUCUUUUUCUGAUAUCUUGCAACAAACCAAUGAAAUGAAAGAAGAAGAGCAGCAGUUAAAAAAAGCCACAACUAAAUUGCAAUCAACUGAAGAAGAGAUGAGAAAUGUAUCUUUGCAGCUUAAUUCCAAAAUAGACGUCCUUGCCAUCGAGAAGAUUCAACUGAAGAAUAAAGUAGGGAAACUAGAAGAAAAAAUAACUGAACUUGUACAGACCCAGCUUGAUAGCCAUGAGCCAAGAGAAAUUGCCUCACUUAAAAAUUUUGUUGAACAGCAAGAUGGCCAGCUCAAACACCUUCUCAAAAUUGUUCAACUACAACAUGAUCAACUCACAAAACAGCAAGGGCAAAUACAGGACCUGGAAGAAAAGAUAAACAGCCCCAAUUUUCAAGAGGACUCGCAAUUAUUUUCUGCAAUGGAAGAUGACAGACAUCCUAAACUGAAAAAAACAGCUAAAAAUAGCAAUUCUAGAGGUAAUGCUACUGAUUGUACUUGGAUUUACAACACAGGGGAAAGAUCUAAUGGCAUUUAUUCUAUUAAGCCCAAUGGAUCCAAAGCAUUUAAUGUUUAUUGUGAAAUGGAAGGAGAAAACCCAUGGACAAUUAUUCAGAAGCGAUCCGAUGGAUCAGUAGAUUUCAACCAAACUUGGGAGAGCUACAUAGAUGGGUUUGGUAAUCUUGAUGGAGAAUUUUGGCUGGGCCUUCAAAAGAUCUAUUCCAUUGUAGAUCAAGCUGACUACAUUUUGCGUAUUGAGCUUGAAGAUUGGAGAGCUAACAAACGUUAUAUUGAGUAUACAUUCAAAAUGGGAGGUCCAGACAGAGAUUACGCGCUCUUUCUCUCUAGGAUUACUGGGAAUAUUCCAAAUGCUCUACCUGAACAGAAAGAAAUUAAAUUUUCUACUAAAGAUCAUAGCAACAGCACUGAAAGAAAGCUUAACUGCACAGAAAGUGACUCAGGUGGUUGGUGGUACAAUGUAUGUGAAGAAACAAACCUGAAUGGAAGAUACAUCAGGUCGAGCUCAAAAGGAAAAUUAGAGAGGAGGAAACAAGGAUUGUAUUGGAAGCCUCAGAAAGGAAAACCUUAUCUCCUCAAGUCAACCAAACUGAUGAUAUAUACUACAGACUUUGAAACAUUUGACUGAACUUUAUCAAAGUUUACCUAAGAAACUGCAAACUACUUCAGUCAGGAUCCAGCGACAGCCCUUUUUGGUGUUCAAAGAAAAUCAUAUAAAGGAUGUAAUCAAACCAUAAUAAUAUUAUUCCUUAUAUACCUCAGUGUGGUUUGUCCUGCUCCAUAUGCUCAAAAAAUAAGCAGAGGUUGUUAGACAAGGACUAUUUUCUUUGAGGGCCAUUUUAGUAGAAUAUUUCUUAAUAUCAAUGCUACCUCAAGAAAUGCAAGACAAAUUGAAAUGUCUCACACCUUCCUUGGCACAAGAUUUUGCCUUAGGAAGGGAAGGGGAAUCGCCACUGCUUCAUUUCUGUGAAGUGUGUGAUAGGAAAAAAAUAUUUUAUCUCACAGGAUUAGACAGAAAGUCUAAUAAUCAGACAAGGAGUCACUAUUUUCAUUUUUGCCAAGGAUAGAAGCGGUCUCUAUUCACUUCUUUGGCAGAGAUCAAGCAGUGUAUUUUCAAACAGAAGUUGUUGGGGGGGGGGGGGAAUGAAUUGCCAGCAGCAAUCUUAAUGCUUUAGGCACAGGGGAAGCUGUUUUUCUCCUCUAUUUAGUUUAAUGCUUUAUUUCAGUUCUCUAAAGCAAAAUGUGGGCAACUUUUUUGUAUCUGGGAGCCACAGAGGGAAUGUAUCCUUUGAGUUGUUUAACAAAAGAAAAUAGGACUGUGAAGUUUAAUAGAGGCUUAACAUACCUAUUUUCUUCUCUUAUUUUUUUUUUUAAAUGAAACUAUUAAAGGAUUACCGAGACUGAGGUUGACUAUAUAUGGAAUAUAGACCCCGGAUUUUCCAGCUCUUAAUUAGGAAACAAUGGAGACACGUAAAAGCAGAAGUGAUUUAAGGGGGAAUGUGCAAGUUAUGUUGCUCCGAGCUAUACAGCUCUAUUCAUAAUAUGCCUAUAUCCCCCCCAAUCCAAGCAAGACCUUCCACUGUAAUGAAUUACAUAAAACAAAUGGCCCUCAUGUUCAAAAUGUUCAGCUGGAACCUGAACACUGAUUCCAUCCCAUUGGGAUUGUACAACACUGCAAAGUGAACCCCUUUAUUCAUUUUUUUCUAUAUACAGCAGCCUUUCCUAGCUUUGUGUUCCCUCUCUGUGGUGUCUAUAUAUAUUGGGUUCAUGUAUUUACAUAAACCAACUAGUUAGGAAUCCUGGAGUAUUGCUCUGACACUCCCAACAUUCACCCUUUAGGAGAAAUGUCAAAAAUAUCACCGUGGCGCACGUAACUAUCUAGUUCUGAGGUAAGUGAAACCUCUCACUGUGUACCUAAUAUUCCUCCUCACUUUUCUAAUAAUAUAAAUGCCUUUGUAUCAUAAUGGCUUCUUAAAAUUGGCUUCGACUAAGAAGAUAACUUCAAGUAGUUCCUUGUUAUUUCAAAAUUGUAAAUUAUAAAUUAUUGAGAUCACAAUAUAGAUUACUACAUUAUAGUACAGAAAGAACGUUGGUCCUUACCUGAACAUUUCUUUUUGGUAGACGAGAGGGAGGGGCAGCUGCCAAGCUCCACUUGGACUUAUUGUCCAUUUGCCAAUUGUGUAAUCAUAAUAACCGCCUAGAGGUCACUGAGGCUCAGAACGAGUAUUUACGACAUCUAGGGUGGCAUCGGCAGAAAACUGCGUGGCAGCAAUGAUUUUUGUAAUAUCUUGGUGAAGUCCCUCAUCCUGAACCGGAAUGCGAUCUUGGAACUGGUGAAGCCACAUGACAGCUGAUCGGUUGAAAUAGGAGGCAGCUGCAGCGGAUUUUAUGGCCCACGCAGAGGCAUUGAAAUUCUUACGUAACGUAAGUUCUGCCCAUUUGUCCUCCAGUUUCAACUUAUCAGCCACAUCUCCUGUCACUACAGACAAGGGAUUAGCAAGGGUGGCUACUGGGGUGUCCACAUUAGGCAAUUGAAGUGCCUGGGGAAAAGCCUGCUCCAUGUUGAAGAAACGGAUUGGGAAAGGUGGAAGGGCGAGACCACUGAUUCUUUACCACCUCUAGAAAAAGGAGAGGAGCAGGAACCUUAUUGGUCGCUGUAUUAGAGAACAUGACCAUGUUAGGGUCUCUGGGUGGAGGAAUGGCAGGGUCCCCUGUUCCGACCUUAAUGGUCUUCCUAGCUUUGUGUAACAAAGGUUUAAACAUGGGGGGAGCAAAGAGAUUGGGAAAGGCUGGAGGGUCCGGGAGAAUCGUCUCUUCGUCUUCCGAAAGCCCCAUGUCCUGGCGAGGGUCAUCCCCUAACACUGAGCCCUCACUAACCACUGAGAGAGAAGGGGGUCUUGCAGAUUGAUAUCUAUGUUCAGAAGAGCUCCUGGCCUGUUGAGAAACCUGGGGCCUAGGCUCCCUAGAAGACUGUUGUUCCCUUAAGGAAACUGCAGAGGCAGAGGAAAUAAGUCUCUUAAUGCUCUCAAGGAGCAACUCCAGAUCCUCAAACUCAUCCUCAGAGUGUCCUGGGGCAGGACCCUGCAGAGCUAGGGUGUAGGGAGGGAGGAAAUCCCAAAAUGAACCCUCCAAGGGGUCCCUAACCACCUCCCUGGGCCCUUGAGGAGAGACAGGAGGGGAUGGAGAAAUUUCCAGACCAGAUUGUCUGCGUGCCCCAGUGGGAGAGACAGAAGGGGAAGAAGAGCUAAACCUCCUGGGAGGAGAGGCCGAAUGAUUAGAUCCCGGCAUUAAGGGAGAUCUGGAUCUGAUAGGAGAAGAGGGCUUGUUGGCUUGGGUUUGGUGUUCUGCCCUAGCAAUCCUCCUUUCCAGGGCCUGCUGAUGCUGGUUUUCAUCCCUCUGGGUUGCUCAAGAGGGGCGCUGGAAUGCUGAAGGCUUAGCUGCUGCUGCCCUGAUUCUGGGCCCAACUAUCUCUCUCUCCUCGGCCUUGUUGAGGGCACUCCCCGGGGCCUGUGAAGUGGCCAGCCUGCUAUCUGCCAUUGGUGCCACUCACGUGUCCGGAAAGGCUAUUCUGCCCAGAAGCCACCAGCUGGUGCAAGGGCCUUGCGGGAAGUAUUGGGCUGCCGAGGCUGAACCUUGCCGGCCCGACUCCAACCGCGAUGCAAGCAGAUGGCCCAGGGCCAGAAAAUGGCCGUCUCCACGUGCGUGCUUUCAAAAUGGCCACCAGAGGUCUCUGCGCGCCAAAAAGGGCUUUGUUUCUUCAGCCACAGCUUGAAUUUGCAUGCCAUGGCGUUCAGGCGCAGCUUCUUGUUUUAAUUAAAGCCGCCCACAGUCCAAUUGGCGCCUCUAGCCUGCAGCCCUUCCCGCAGAGCUGCCGUAACGGAGUCUGACACCCCCGCAGUUCCAGGGACUGGUCAGAGCUCCCGGUAUCCACAAUGAGAGAGCGGAACGUCAAUUAGCUCUCCCUCGGCUUGCUGUGAGACGGAGGACCUUGUCUCAGCAAGAUCGCGGCUCAAUGGUUUGGAAUUUAAAGUAGCCAAUAGACCGAAUCAAAUUAAAUAGUAGAAUUUACUCACUCUCUCUGGGAACGAAAAGCAGUGCUUGGACCAAAAGACUGAAAGGAACUGGGAGCCAACAGGGAAAGGAGGAAGUUAAAAGAAAUUUUCCUCAGUCUUUGGAUCAAUCAGGCUGUGAGAAUAUCCCAAGAGUCUCCCCUCCCUCGAGUCUACCGGAAAAUGGUUAACUUGCUUUAUGAAUUUUUUUGUUGAUUGUUUGGUAAACCACCACAAAUCUGUAAAUGAAUUGGAGGUAAACAAGUGGAGUGAAUGAAGGAAUAAAUAAGCAGGCUUGCUGUUAAAUUAAAAAAUAUAUACAUUUCUAAAGUUCCUCCUGAAUGUGAGAACAAAUCCAAUUAUACAUCACUGGAAGUAUACAAAUUUGAAUCAGAGUAUCAUAAAUUACAGUAUUUUGAUGUCAUUAUCUAUAUAUAUUCCUAUAAAAUAGGCAUAACCUUAUCAAUGUACCGGUAUCUAAUUCAUAUCGACAAUAGUGUUAAACAUUUAGGCCUGUGACAAAUUGAAUUUAAAUAGUUCUGUAAGAAAUUGUCUCAUGACAUCAAGCAAAAAAAGCUAUCAAGCAAAAAAUAUUACUGGUGUUUUUGAUGAACAAAUAAACUGCAAUGUAUUUUGAAAACAAACUGAUGGUUUAUAAAACCAUGAAAAUUACUUGCUAAAGUGG